AUGGCAGCCCCUUCCAUUGCAGCAGCAGAGAUGCUGCCUCGAUUUCUUCUUCCACGCCUUAGCUGGGCACCGCUCUCAGUCUCACGAGCAGCCCGGCCGUUCGCCUCGAUCUCGAUCCCUUCUACCGAUCAACGACAAUCUCGAAUCGUUAGCCCUGUUACCAAAAGGGCUUUCCAUGCAACAACCUUUAGGCAAAGGGACCACCACUUUGAUACACUCAAGUUUGUGAAGCGGUUACAGGGUGAAGGGUUUACAGAGGAGCAAUCGGCUGCUAUGAUGAAGGUGCUGAAUGACGCUAUUGAGGAGAGCAUCCAAAAUCUUACAAGGACAAUGGUUCUCCGCGACGAUGCCGCCAAAGCAACAUACACCCAAAAGGUCGAUUUUGCCAAGCUACGUUCGGAGAUUCUCUCAGCCGAUUCAACAGAAUCCAACACAACACGCACCGCACACGAGCGAGUGACAAAUGAUAUUGCCAAGCUGAGCAACCGCCUUCGAGACGAGAUUAGCCGUACGCAGGCUAGCGUUCGCCUCGACCUUAGCCUGGAGAAGGGCCGUAUCCGAGAGGAAGCUGUAGGACAGGAGCUCAAGAUCAAGGAGACAGAGGCAAAGAUAGAGCAGGAGGUUGCAGCACUGCGAGAGAAACUGGAGCAGGUCAAAUUUCAGUCGCUGCAAUGGUUGAUGGGUGUGUGCACAGGUUUCGCGGCACUGUUGCUUGGUGCUUGGCGAUUGCUCAUGUAA